CCACCCCCUGUGGCCGGGCUGGGCGGUGCCGGGGGCUGGCUGCAGGCGGAGGAAGAGUCCAGGGUAUUCCUGAAUGAACGUCUCCAUCACCCCACACCUCCGCCCGGCGCCCGCCUCCCUCCCGCCACUCGCCGGUGUCGCUUCGAGGCGCAGCCAGUUUCUAUAGCGACGGCGCUGAUCCGCGGCUCUUCCGAGUAGUAACAAAGCCGGCCGCCCGCCCGCUGCCGCGCCGGAGCUGAGAGGGGACGAGGCUCCCUCUCCCGAAGACACCCCGCUCGCUUGCGGCGCCCGGACAGGUACGGAGCGAGGGGCUCUUUCUUCAGCGGCUGCCACCCGCCCCCUGCGCGGUCGGGCCAUCGCCAUGUGGCCGCGGUGCCCCAAGCCAGGCGGCGGGGCGCGGGGACCUGCCGCGGGGUGACGGCUGCGGGAGAGGCUGGGCUGCGGGCGUCGUCUGAGAGGAGGAGAAGGACGCGUCCGCGCCUGUGGCACCUGAUAGGGGGGAGCGGGGAGGAGUGCCGCAGGACAAAUUGAACAGAGAACCUACCAACGAUGAAUCAUCUGGUUUUGUUAGUAGUCAGACGCUUUGGUCAUGGAUGGAUGGAUGGAUGGAUAGAUGCAUGAAUAGAUUGAGCCCAGAGCUGUAAGCCAGCCUGGCAGCUAGUAGACUUUUCAGGAAAUAAAGUUUGAAGCAAAUGACCUCCAGAGGUUCCUUCCAAUCCAAAUUACUCUGUGAUUUUGCCACUUGAAUGCAGGAAUUAGUGCAUUAUGUUCCAUGAUCUCCACUGCACAGGAGGGUGUAUUUUCUUAGGGUGCACUUUCUGAGAGAGUUUUCCAGAAGCAGAGAAGGAUAAAUAUGGCUCAGAAGUCCUCAAGUAAUACUGUAAUCAUUUGACUCUAGAGGAGACACUAGAACUGGAUUUUAUUCAAUUUCACAGAGCUCCUUCUGUCAAGAAGCCAAGCCUAAGGAAAAAGUUUUUACCCAUGUGGAGAAGAACAGGCAUUUCUUGCAUUCCCUGCAAGUGAACCUUUGCAAGAAGUUCUUUUUCUUGGAAAAUGGAUGCCUGGCUCAGAGUAAAGGACAUGCAGUACACAGCCCCUAGCAGAAGCUGAAAAUGGAUGAUGCCUACUGACGCUUUCGACAAUGUCACCUCCUCUUUUCCUGUUUGAGAUGGGUGAUGUGAUCAUCAGGAAAAAGUUCUGAAAGAAGCCUAGAGUGACCUCUUCAUCCAUUGACUUCUCUUUCCGCAAGUCUAAAAACCAUCAGAAGAAAUGACCACUCAACUACCAGAGGAGUCUAUGGAAAUCCAGAGCUCAGAUGAGCUCGAGUGCAAGAUCUGUUACAACCGCUAUAACCUGAGACAGAGGAAACCGAAAGUGCUGGAGUGCUGUCACAGAGUAUGUGCCAAAUGCCUUUGCAAGAUCAUAGACUUCGGUGAUUCCCCGCAAGGAGUCAUAGUAUGCCCGUUUUGCAGGUUUGAAACAUGCCUGCCAGACGAUGAGGUUAGUAGUCUUCCUGAUGACAACAACAUCCUUCUGAAUUUGGCUUGUGGGGGAAAGGGAAAAAAGUGCCUACCAGACAACCCAACAGAGCUCUUGCUGACUCCCAAGAGGUUGGCAUCUCUGGUUAGCCCUUCUCACACCUCUUCUAAUUGCCUGGUUAUAACAAUCAUGGAAGUACAAAGAGAAAGUCCCCCGACCCUGAACUCAACCCCUGUUGUGGAAUUUUACAGGCCUACAAGUUUUGACUCUGUUGCAACUGUGUCCCACAACUGGACCGUGUGGAACUGCACAUCUUUGCUCUUCCAGACCUCAAUUAGGGUGCUAGUGUGGUUGCUCGGGUUGCUGUACUUUAGUUCCUUGCCUUUAGGGAUUUAUUUACUGGUAUCUAAGAAAGUUACCCUUGGGGUUGUCUUUGUAAGCCUUGUUCCUUCGAGCCUUGUUAUUCUCAUGGUUUAUGGCUUUUGCCAGUGUGUUUGCCAUGAAGUUCUAGACUGCAUGUCAUCUUGAUAACAAAUGCAGUAAAAUAAGAUGUAUUGUCACUUGUGUAGCAUAGUUGAUAUGUCCUGUCUUUGUAUUCUUAUUUAUUCUUACUGUUGUCCAUCCCACUAAAUGGAAGCAGCGGCCCUAGUUAUAUGGUCCUUUUUUCUACUUGAUUUGAUUCCCCCCUCCUUUUUUUUUAAAAAGCUAAGUACUGGAAAUAAAAUUUACAUGCUGAUUUUAAAAGGCCAAGUUGUAGGAAAGGAUAAAGCAAAAUUGCCAAACUGGGUGCCUGCUGCUGCUGCCACUAUUCACACAGGUAGCCCUUUGCUUUCUAUUGGCUUGAUCAUGUCAGUCAAGGCUGCAGGAUCCACACUAGAAGAAAUUAGUACAACAGACACCUUCCAGGUCAAAGUACAGCAUCUCAUGCUUUGGAAUAUCUGUAGUUUAUCAUAUGUUACCAUUUACAGCAAAUAAAAUCACUUUAUUAGUUGAUAUUAUAAGAUGAAUAAGAGAAGCUGCCAUUGCUUUUUCACAGUUCUUGUUAUAGCAGAAAUAUUUGUUAGGAGGCCAAUGGUUACAGGUUUUUUGCAUUCUGCAACAUGAGGAAUCUUUUUUUCACCAUGCUAAAGACAUGUCUCCGAAACACUUUCCCCAAACAGAAGCCCACUUGUCAUACAGUUACAGCUCCCUCUGAAAUACUCUUGCUAAUGAGUACUUCUAGGGACCCAGCCACACAUUUGCUCUUCUCUAGGUGUUCUUAUUUUGGUGUGCAUACACCUUAGGUUUCCCUUUGAGGAUUCAGAGCUCUGCAGAUUUCUGUAGCUAUGUUGUUAUGCUUGCCCUCCCCUCUAGCAUUUCCACCACUGCACCACAUCUCCAACCCAUUAGUCCUCCUAACAAAUUGCCUGACCAGCUUCAUGCACAUCUACUCUGUGGUAGCUACACGGGAGAAUUUGGCUUAUGUGGCUUUAAACUAUCAAGAUAGACUUUUAUUCCCAACCAUUAGGAAAUGGACCUUCCAUCACUAAGACAGAUCUCAGAAAAAAAAAUCUGAAACUGUUGUUUUUUUUCUUUCUGAGCUCACAGAAUGAGCAUUGUAAGGAGGUUCUAUGACUUUGGAAAGGUUUCUAUUUAUCACAUAGUUCUUCAAAAUGUUUAAUACCCUGAGCUCCCUCUGUCACCAUUGUGAGUGGAUGGCACUCUAGGUGUGGCAAUUGGUAUGUCUUGAUCAGUUGAGUUCAGAGGAGUUACUGAUGAUUUACCAUUCCACAAAUAGAAUCAGGCCCUGUAAGGCUUGCUUGUAUCUUGUACGGUUCAGGCUACUUUUUGAACUCCUGGAAGAGCACAAAAAAAGGAAAUAUUUAAUGUGUAUAACUAGGUUUAGUCAACACCACAGCUGCAAUCUUGUUUUCCUGUGCACAGCAGGGUUAAAGCUGAGGAGCUGAGCAGGGCAAGCAUGGUUUCUGGGUCAGGCACAAGACUGUAAUUUCAAGGCAGUGUCAGGGAGAAGGGUUUGUUGCAUGAAGAUUGAAUGUAUGGCCUAACAAUAUAUUCUUAGAGCAGGCUGACUUAAGAAAGAAUGGAAAAUGCCAAUGGGAAAAGCAGAGCGUAAGUGGUUGUUGUGUCUGUCAAGGAUUUGAAGUCAAGUUGCUUUAAUUUUUGUAGAUGGCAUGGAUGUUAUCUACAGUUUCAUUCCUAUCGCAAACAUAGGGAAGAAUGUGGAAAUGUAAAGGUCCUGCUUUUCUUGACACUCAUUUUAUAGUAGUCCAUAUAUGUGUGUGUGUAUGUGCAUAUAGACACAUAUGUAAGAAGAAAACUUAAAGCAAAAUCAUAGUUUCCAAGUGUAUGGAGUUAUGGAACUAUGUAAUGAAUGAUUAAUGGAAAUGUUUUAGACUUUUCUGUAAUGAUUUCAUAACAAUUAUAACUAAAAUAUUUUCAGAAUUCCUAGAAAUCACUAUUUCUAAGUAAUUGUUUUUAAUGUCUGUGGUAAAGCAUAUAGUUAGAAGAGGUAUCAUCUCCAGUUCUGGUAUAUACUGCAAGGUUUGACUCAUCUAUGAGCUCAUAAAAUCUAAGUAUCCAACAACAAUCAUGUCAAAAAGCAAGAAAAAUAGAAACCUAUGUGGUGUUAUCGUACUUCAUAGCUUUGGGAAAAGAUGUAUUUGUAGUGUUAGGGAUUUAUAUGUUUUAGGAUUUGUUCAAUUUGUCUGAAUGUAGUGUCUCUAAUAAAGGGCUGACUAAUA